AUGCCUCAACUAAAUAAAUUCACUUAUUUCACACAAUUCUUCUUGUCAUGCCUUUUCGUCUUUACUUUCUACAUUCCUAUAUUCAAUGAAGGAUAUGGAGUACUUGGGAUCAACAUAAUUCUAUAACUACUGAACCAACUGCUUUCAUGCCGGGAUAACAAGAUCCAGAGCCGAUCCAAUAGUUUUGAAGAUAUCUUGAUAAAAGGUUUUAGCACCAGUGUAGCGUAUAUGUACUCAAGUAUAUUCGAAGUAUCCCAAUGGUGUGACACCGUAGAAUUCUUGGGAAAAAGGAGGAAGAGGACAUUCAUGUCUUGUUUCGGUGAAAUAAGUGGCUCACGAGGAAUGGAAAGAAACAUAUUCUAUUUGAUCUCUAAGUCCAUACAUAGAAAUCCUGCGUGGGUCAUCACUUGUAGGAAUAAAAUAAUGCUAAUCGAUGUUCCACACGGCCAAGGAAGCAUCGUUUUAUAA